AUGGUUAUCGAUUUGCUCACAAAAAAAGAUUGUCAUACUGUUCUGGCAAAUUUGAAAUCUAAGGGUGCUAUUUAUCGGAAGUUUCGGCACAUUAUGUUUAUUCUUUUUCCUUUUUUCUUUCGCUACAGGAGAGAAUAG